ACAUUAGACAUGUUUGAAACUGAUGGAUGUGACAACUGCGAUGAGUUUCUAAGAAUGAAGAAUAAUCGUGACCAAGUCUACGACUGUACAUCCUCUAAUUUUGAUGGAUUUAUUGCCCUUAUGAGUCCAGAGGAUAGUUGGGUUGCCAAAUGGCAGAGAAUUAAUCGCUGUUGCCGGGGAAUGUAUGCCAUCUCUAUCACUGGACGACUGCCAGCCUCCGUUAUUAGGGAGAUGAAAUCCCGUGGAAUUAAGUACAGGCAAAGGGAUAUGACAAAAUUGUAGUUUAAGUGUAGCUGUAUUGUGAGGGCCAGUGCUCCUUAUCUAUUUUAAGGCAGACUUAUUUUUUACAUGUAAUUUUCAGAGCAAAGUUUGAUUCAUGUGUUUAUAUUGUGUGAAACUUUAAAACAGUUCUUUGAAAAUUUUCUUGAUUUUUGUAAUUCCACUUUUGUUUCAAGACUUACUUUUCAUUUUUAUGUCUAGAUUUUAGAAAGUCCAAUUAUAGAUGUUCAUGCAUACUAAUAGGGAUGUUUCUGCAGUUUCACACAUAUAAGAUUGUCAUUUUCAGUAUAUUGUAUAUUUUUCAUAUCUUGUUUGUUAUAUCUUUUAAAAUAUCAAUUAAUGAAAGGACUCAUAAAAAAGUUUUAUUAAUCAUGUGAUUAUAAAUUGUAUUUUGCAUCCUGAACACAUAAAUGUCUUGUGAAAGUAUCCUUUUAUAAUUAUGUUUUUUUAUCCUGACUUUUUACAUUCAGCAGUCACCAACAUGAAAUAUCGGACAAAUAUGAAUAAAAUUGUCAGUUACUGUUGAAUCUUGUAGUAAAAAUACUUUCAAUAUGUUAUGAUAGUAAUUAUAGUCUAGCUUGAAAAGUAAAAAUUUUAGUGAAUGAAAAUUUAGAUUUACAAUUUUCUUGAUGUAUACAAGUGUUAACUGAUUUGUAAAAGUGUUGAUUGUCAUCAAAAAGACUGUAUUUCACUUAUUUAGGUGAUAUGAUUAUGGUAAUAAAUUUUCAGUUCUCA